GUAUGUAGGCAAAUGGCGGUUUUGUGGAUGUGUUAUUCAAUUUUGUGAUUCAAUUCAUGUAAUCUAAUAAAUUUAAUUUAUUUUGACUUUAUCGAUUUAGUAUAUUAACUAUAACGAUAUAUAGGUAUUGAAGAACCAAUGCAAUAUCCUAAAGUAAUCAUCUGUAGGCACGCAGGUGUUCAUUGUGGUAUUUGUUUUUUUAAAUUGAAUUAUAAUCAACUAUAGCUUGAAAUAAAUUAGAGGAUCUGCUCAACGCUUAGCAACAAUGUCUAAGAGACAAGCAGAGGAAGGCUCCAGUGGCCAGCCUCCCAUCAAGAAAAUUCAUUUCGAACCACAUUUAAUUGGACCAGUUUCCACUUUGGAAGAAAUGGAUAUCAAAGUUUUACAGUUUCAGAAUAAAAAACUAGCACAAAAAUUUGAACAGAGAUGUAGAACAGAGCAGGAACUACGACAAAGGAUAGAACAGUUGGAGAAACGUCAAACUCAAGACGAUGCAAUGCUCAAUGUUGUUAAUCGUUAUUGGAAUCAACUCAAUGAGGAUAUUCGAGUUCUCUUGCAGCGUUUCGAUGCAGAAACUGCAGACGAGUCUGAAACCAAAAAUGAAAGUGAAGCUACUACUUCUUUUUUGAUGCAACUGUCUACAUGGGAUAAAGAUGAACUAAAUGACAAACUGGCUAAUCGAGUUCAAGUAUCUAGAAGGGCCGUUGCGAAAGUUAUACAAGCGUUUGACAGACUGAUGCAGAGAAAUGAGAAAAUAACAUUAGCUCUUAAAGGAGAGCUUGAAGGACAGGAAGCACCUUCUAUUGAUGAAGCCAUUAGAGACACCAACAUACAACUACAGGCUGAAAAUAGAAAUCUCCAAGCUCUCCACACUUCCCUUCAUGAAAAGUAUCAUACAAAUAGCUUGAAAGUUUCUGAACUGCAAGAUUCCCUAACUGCAAAGGAAACUGAAAAUGCAGAACUUAAAAAUCAAAUUGAUGACCUGCAAUAUGAACUUGAGAAAGUUCGCAAUAGAAAUGAUAAGCUUGAGACACAUCUUGCUGAAGCUGUGGAGAAGUUGAGAGCAUAUCACCAACUGCAUGGAGACCCCGACAAUAAAGGCAAAGAACAGAAACCACAAGCACCACAAACUAGCGUAUCACAAGCUAAACUUGAGGAUCUUGUGAAAGAAGUGGAGGAGUGGAAAGAGUUAGCCAAUAAUAGGCUUCAAGAGUUGGAUAAGUUGCAUCAAACCCAUAGGGAAACUUUGAAAGAGGUUGAGAAGCUAAAAAUGGAUAUCAGGCAGUUGCCAGAGAGUGUUAUCGUUGAGACUACGGAGUACAAAUGUCUUCAGUCCCAAUUUUCAGUACUGUACAAUGAAUCGAUGCAGUUAAAGACACAAUUGGAUGAAGCCCGACAACAGUCACAGUCAAGCAAAAAUGCCCAUUUGAGAAACAUUGAAAUGAUGGAGGGAGAAGAACUUAUUGCACAAAAGAAAUUAAGGCAGGAGGUAAUGCAACUGGAAGACUUCUUGGCACAAUUGAGAAAAGAAUAUGAAAUGUUAAGAAUCGAAUUUGAACAGAACUUGGCCGCAAAUGAACAGACAGGUCCAAUAAACAGAGAAAUGCGGCAUUUAAUCACUUCUUUACAAAACAACACUCAGCAACUCAAGGGAGAAGUUCAUAGAUAUAAGAGGAAGUACAAAGAAGCUAAUGCAGAAAUUCCAAAGUUGAGAAAAGAAAUCGAAGAACUUCAAGUGAAACUCACUCAAGCACAAGGAGCGAGUCAAGAUCAGAAAGAAAACAUCAAAAAAGAGGAAAUCAAAGAAGAAGAUACAUCCACUAGUGAUGGUCAGCAAGUUAAAGAAGAACCAACUCUUACAGUAAAAAAAGAAGAAGAUAAUGCAGAGCAAGUUGAUGAUGCUGAAGGCAAAGAUCAAGCUGCGGGUUCAAGUGGCUCACCAACUAUCAAAAAAGAAGGCGUGAAGCAGGAAAAAAACAUUGUUAAAAAGGAAGCCGUACUCAAGACUGAAAAGGAUCACAGAGAAGCUAUCAGAGCAAAAGAGGCUAAAAUUGUUGAAAGUGAAAUUGUACGAGAUUUGAAGAAUCAAUUAAAAAAAGCGCUCAAUGAACAGAAGGAGAUGAAAUUGCUUCUCGAUAUGUACAAAGGUGUUAGCAAAGAGCAGAGGGAUAAAGUUCAGCUUAUGGCAGCAGAAAAGAAGCUGCGAACUGAUCUAGAAGAACUUAGGCAAACUAUAAAGAAGUUGCAGAGGGAUGACAAGAGGAAAUUAGCUGAAGAUGAGGCGAUGAAGAAAAUCAAGCAGCUUGAGGAGCAAAAGUAUGAAUUACAAAAACAAGUGGCUAAUCAUAAACCAUCAGAUGGAAAUUGGGGUGGACAUAAUGUACUCCAUCAAAUGAGGCCAUUUGUUGGAUCGCAUGAAGAGGAGGCUCUGUUGAAUGAAAUGGAAGUUACAGGGCAAGCUUUUGAAGAUAUGCAGGAACAAAAUUCGCGAUUGAUACAACAACUCAGAGAAAAAGAUGAUGCUAAUUUCAAACUUAUGUCUGAGAGAAUCAAAUCUAAUCAAUUGCAUAAACUGGCGAGAGAAGAAAAAGAUGUUUUGAAGGAACAAGUUGGGACACUCACUACCCAGGUGGAUUCUGCAAACCUUGUUGUCAGAAAACUGGAAGAGAAGGAAAGAAUUUUACAAAACACUCUUGCCACAGUGGAAAAGGAGCUGACUUUGAGGCAGCAAGCUAUGGAAAUGCACAAGAGGAAAGCUAUCGAAUCAGCUCAGUCUGCAGCCGAUUUGAAACUUCAUUUAGAAAAAUAUCAUUCCCAAAUGAAGGAAGCUCAACAAGUCGUGGCAGAGAAAACGAGCUCCCUUGAAGCAGAAGCUUACAAAACAAAAAGACUUCAAGAAGAAAUUGCUCAGCUCAAGCGAAAGGGUGAGAGGAUGAAGAAGAUGGAAAUGGCGGGAACUACGCUAGAUGAGGUUAUGAUGGAAGAAAUAAGGGAGUAUAAGGAAACACUUACAUGUCCGUCUUGUAAGGUAAAACGGAAAGAUGCGGUCCUCUCAAAAUGUUUCCACGUAUUCUGCUAUGAUUGUCUCAAAACGAGAUAUGAAACUAGGCAGAGGAAAUGUCCUAAGUGUAAUUGUGCAUUUGGUGCGAAUGAUUAUCACCGUUUAUAUCUGUCUAACUAAGUUUUUCUGUGAACUAAAAAUAAGUACAUGUGAUUGGUUAAUGCUUUUUUUGAUCGUAAACUUUUUUAUAUAUGGAAUAAAAACCCUCAAAUGUC